CGUGACAAAUGAGGCAAGCAAAAUAGAAAAGACCAAAUGCUUAAAAGUUCGUAUUUUGCUUAAUUGGGGGUGGGAUUUAUAGGCUCUGACCACGAGGGGUUUUAAGUUUCCGGCGUGUAGACAAAAGUUAACAAGUACGACGUUGAUGCACAGUGUGUUAAGGUUCCGACCUUAAUUACUUCCCAACCUUGUACUUCUCUCAAAAAGGUUUAAAAUUAUGAAGAGGGCAAUGCCAUUAGAUGAUCAGAUGAACAUAUCUUCCGAUGAGUCCUUAUCUUCUGAACCAGACAUUGCAGAGUUGGCUGGCAAGUUUGUUGAGGACAUACCAAUUGGUCAACCAACUGACAUUGUUAUGACAACUGAAAAUGGUGUCUUUAGAAGUGCCCAAGCGUACCAAGAUUAUAUGAUGCAGCUGCCAAUCCCAACCAAACGUGGUGCUAUCAUUCCAUUUACCUCGUGGAGUGGAUUUGGUGAUUCUACGAAACAAUUAUACAAUCAGCCUCUGCAUUACCUCACAAAUGUCUACCUGAAGCAGCUGGACCGAAACAGGAUUGGUGCUGAUGAUGCUAACAAAAGACUUGAUACUAUUAUUCAUCCAGCCAAAGCUGAAGUUUUCCUCUGGAUGACGGAACAAAUUCACAGGCUCACUACUUCUCCACAUCAGCUGGCUACACUCUGGCAAAAAGACCCCAUGUACAAGGCUGAUAUCGAUGCCUGUGCCCCUCUCUCUACUAAUCCAAUUUAGGGGUCUUUCAAUAGGAAGGGUCAGAUUCUAGCAUUCCCUGAACACUGCAAGGGUGUAAUGAUAAUCUCCUGAUCGUGUCUUGUAAAACUUUUUAUUUCCUUUACCAUCUAUGUAGGGCGUUCUCUGGAAUGGACUGAAUGAUCUGUAAACAAUCCGAGAACUUAGCUAUUGACAAAUUAUCGAACA